AUGGCAUUAACCCCAAAAAGAUACACAUCUUCGGACGACUUUCCAACCACACAACUCUUCUUACUAGCAAUAUGUCGGGUCGCAGAACCGAUCGCCGUGACAAGCUGCAUAGCUUACGCUUUCGCGAUGGUCAGGGACUUCCACAUAGGUGAUGGCAACGACGCGUCUUUCUAUGCUGGAAUCCUCGUCGCAACCUUCUCUUUGGUCGAAGCAUGUACCGGAAUGUUCUGGGGGGCUUUGUCCGACCGAAUCGGCCGCAAACCUGUUCUCUGCACCGGAUUGUUCGGCACCAUCACCUCCCUUUUGCUCGUUGGCCUUGCUCCCAACUUCUGGGUGGCUCUUUUUGGCCGGGCGCUUGGAGGUUUGCUCAAUGGAAACAUCGGCGUUAUCCAGACCAUGGUCGGUGAAAUAGUCAAGCGACCUGAGCAUGAGCCUCGAGCUUAUGCAGUAAUGCCAUUCGUUUGGUCCAUCGGCACCAUCAUCGGACCUGCCGUUGGAGGACUACUUGCAAAGCCUGCUGAAAGUUAUCCGUCUGUCUUCUCUCAUGAUGGUCUUUUUGGCAAAUUCCCCUACCUACUGCCCAAUUUGGUUUGUUCCAUCUUACUUCUUGGCAGUAUAAUUUUCGCCUGGCUCUUCUUGCAAGAGACUCAUCCCGACAUGCAGCCGAUGGACGACCUCGGGCCUCUGGAUCAUGUUUCAGUCGAGCAUCCCCUUCUAGUGCCUGCGGGGGCAACUGCCCAUCCAGAUGUCGACCUACGAGCAGAAUCUUACGGCACAUUUAAUCAAGUGCAGCUGCAUGAUGAUGAAGCUUGGACGGUCUACGGGGACGGAUCCAAACCCGAGAUGGAUUCGCAAAAGCAAACCGCCUUCACUCCACGUGUGAUCAUGCUCAUCGUCGCUUUGGCCAUCUUCACCUACCAUUCUAUGACCUACGACCACCUUCUUCCCAUAUUCCUACAAGACAAACGCGGUGUCUUUAGCCCAGACGACUCGGGUCUCACUUUUCCCGGCGGAAUUGGCCUCUCGACCCGUAUGGUUGGCUUGAUUAUCUCUUCGGACGGGAUCAUCGCACUUAUCAUUCAAAGCCUUAUUUUCCCUGUCUUGGCGCAUUACCUUGGAGUCUGGAAGCUUUUCAUCAUCGUCACCGUCCUUCAUCCCUUGGCCUACUUUAUGGUCCCGUUCCUCGUCUUCUUGCCGGCCGGUUAUCUUUAUCCCGGCAUCUACGCUUGCCUGGUCACUCGGAACAUCCUUUCAAUCAUCGAUUUCCCGGUGCUUUUGAUCCUCAUUAAACAAGCAUGCCCUUCAGAUUCUUUUCUAGGAAAGAUCAAUGGCCUUGCUGCAUCUGCUGGUGCUGCCGCGCGUACUAUUGCGCCUCCCGUUGCUGGGUAUCUGUACAGCACAGGAGCGGACAUGAAGUUCACUGCGCUUGCUUGGUGGGGAAGCGCGUUUGUUGCGAUCAUUGGAGCGCUACAGCUGUGGUUCAUCAGCCAGAAGCCACAUUCUUCUGCUACGAUCCAGCCGGCUGCACGCUGUCAUUUUGCGCCUGGUGAUGGUCAAGACCACAAGGAAACUAUCCGUAUCCUUGUGACGGAUGUUGAUGAGGUAGGAGAGCGUGCUUAA